AGACAGAAAAAAGUAGGGUUAAGGUUUUAGCGGUUUUUAAAAAUAUUUAAGCAUACUUUUAAUGUUGUAAUUUGUGUUUUGAUAAUUUAAUAUAACAAAAUGGAAAGACAUAAUCCUAUGACACCUAAAUCUAGAAGUAGCCGGCAAAGUAGUAUAUAUGGUCGAGACAUGCGUCCAAGAGUGUCUGCUGUUAAUACUGUUUUAAAAACACCUUUACAUAUCGUAGAAAGGUAUGGAAUGCCAGUCCCAGUUUUAAUAGAAGAAGCUUUUGCAUUUUCUGAUAGAAAUGCAAUUAUAACAGCUAAGAUCUCAGACUGUGGAUAUGCUUGGGUUGUUUGCGGUAGAAAGUUGUUAAUGUGGCAAUUUCAGCUGUCUUAUCUAGGGAAUUCUCCCAAGCAAAGAAAGUUUCCUAUUUGCUAUGAACUAAGACUACCUCAAAGUGAUCUUGCACAUCGUGCAGAACUAGUAGCUGUAUUUUUUAAUAGAAAUGCAGUUCAUCCAUCAUGUGUAGCUGUCUCUCCAGAAGGAAUGGUCAGAUAUUGGUCAGAUGUUACCCAAGACCACUGCUCUGUUGAUAAACAUGUAGAUUUAAAUGGCCAAGAAUGUGAUAGUCUUAUUUAUAUUGGUGUAAUGGGUUGUGUAUUUGUAACAACAACCUGUACUGUAGUUUUGGUACAACACAAGCAGGGAUAUUAUGGACCAGAAAUCCACUGCAAAACUUUGAAAACAUCUUCCAGCUGGUUGGGAGGGAUAAGCAGAAGGGUAUCUUCAAUAUUUUUUGGACCUAUGUCUGCUGAUCAAGGAAAUGAAACAAGAAUCAUUCGGCUUCUGUCUGUACCUGGCAUACAACAGAUUGUUGCAGUCUAUGUGUUGGCUGGUCUAACUUUUCAAAAAUGGUUACUAUCAGAUCAGGAAACUGAACAACUAAUUUGGACUACAGACUUAUCUAGGUCAAUAAGGGAUGCCUUUAGACUGAACGUUAAUCAUUGGGAUGGAUCUGAUUACAUGGAUGUCGAUAUAUGGAUAUUAGACAUACAAACUGAUCGUGAUGGAGUACUUAUGUUAUGUGCUGCUGUCAAUCUCCAUAUGUCUCCUCAAGUUUACUAUGCUAUGGCCUCCUUAUCCACUCAAGGUGCAAAUCCGCCUACUCAACUAAAAGACUUUUUAUUACUAAAUUUAAUGAGUCUAUAUAAUGAUGAUAAUCCAGGUGAUGCUUUGAGUUGGAGGUUUAUCAUGUCUGGGAGCAAUGCCUAUGUUUAUGGUCCGAAAGUCAUAACAGUGAUAAAACCUCAGGAAGAAGUUGAUACUCUAGCAUUUCAUAACGCUAAUGAUCAUCUAUUCAAUGGUGCAACGUGUUCUGGUCAUCCCAUAUUCUUUUCAAAGCAACAUGGACUAGUUACAAUAAGUACUACUGGAGUUGAUAUGAGUUUAUCUCUUACACCUCACACAUCAAUUUUGGAAACAUCCCUCCAUGAUCAGUCUUUGGCUACCAACAAUCUCUCUGUAUAUCACAUGAAUCCACAUGAAAUGUAUACUGCUCAUAGAGAUACAGCUGGUCAGCUGAAAGCAGCCUUUAUAUUUCAUGUUAAAAACGAAUUGACUGAAUGUUAUGAUGUGGUAAAUAAACUCUUUCCUAGUGAUAUACCUUUAGUACCUGGCUUUGAUGGACCUUUAGAUACAGCUGUAGUAAAAAUAGGUUGCGAUAUUUUGGAUGAUAUACCUGCAGGAGAUCCAAGAUGGACUCACGGGGAAAGAAGCAGGCAAGGAGUUGGGAGUUCUCAUUCAAUGCUUGUCAUGCAUCAGCUUGUAGACAAGCAAAAAGCUUUCACUCUUUUUCUUAACUUUCUUAAAGAGUCAGGUCUAUGGGAUAAAUUAGCUGGAAUCACUGUGAAGGACAACCAAAUGACUACGAUACAUAGACUAGCUGAGUUUGCAGAAAAGAACACUGCAGCCAUUGUAAUGAAAGGUUUACCAAUAACAUAUAUGUUUGAAACUACUUUGGGGAGUGUUGUGAAACAUUACAAUACCGAAACUGGCUCUAAUCUUUCCAACCAAGACAUAUUUUUUAGAGAAGUUAGUAGAAUCCAUGAGGGUAUUAAUUGCCUGUCGAAAAUAUGUGAAGAUAUUGCACAUUCAGGAUCUGGUCCUAUGAAUGUUUCUGCAGCUAUUCAAGAAGCAAACAGUAUAAUCCUCAGUGUUCUAACAGAGGUUCUUCAAUACAGAAAACAACAAAAAGUAUUCUUUAACUUAACAGAUGUGGCGAAUUCACUGAAACUAGAAUAUCUCCCAUGGACCGCUGCUGCGGGUUCAGAAGGCUUAGCUGAUUCACUAAUGUUGCAGCAUUCACUCACAAUAAAUUAUGGUUUAAAAUUAACCACUCAAGCUCAAGAAGAUUUAAGGGCACAACUGAUAGAUAACUUUGUCCUAUUGACAGAUGUUAUUUUGGAUGGAAGAAAAAAUCAUUUAGCCAGUGUCGCGCCUGGUGGCAGAGAAAAAGUUCUAUAUAAACAGUAUUGUUCUGAUAGACAUAAGUUGAUCAAGCCAUUAGUUGAAGAGAAAGCAUAUGAGAGGGCUGCAAUGUUGGCAGAAAAAUAUCUAGAUUUUGAGAUUCUUAUGACAGUAUGUGAACGUAUAGACAGUGAAGAUAGAUUAAACGAAUACAUGCGCAGAUUUAAAGAUACGGGAUUUCCAGAAUUUGUCUAUAGUUGGCAUCUGAAACAUGGAAAGCCAGCAAAACUGAUAGACAGGUAUCGCCGUGUUGGUGGUCAAGUUCCCGAAGGCCAAAACAGGCUGAGUAAAUUCUUAGUGUCCUAUCCAGAAAUUGGUUGGAUUCAACAAAUUUUCGAUAAAGACUUUUCGGCAGCUGCUGAAACUUUAAAAAUACUUGGAGAAAAGGAAUCGGAACGUGUCACUAAACAGAAGACCGCAUUUAGUCUUAGCAAGCUUGCUAAACUAGCUGCACCCAAUUCUGAGGACACAAACAAACACUUGGACGAAAUCAACAAGCGUUUGGAAUUAAUAGCAUAUCAAGAGCAAGUCCCUGACUAUGUGCUUCAACAGUAUGGUUUUGAUGCAAUAAACCCUAGAGUUUUGCACCCCAAAGACUUAAUUGCCUUAUAUACAUGUACUGAAUACACAGACGCGACAGAAGUUGACUUCAGAAAAGCCCUAGAUGUCGCUAAAUAUAUUUCCGAUGAGUACGAAAAAAUUGAACUUGUCUUACAAAUAUGGAGAGCAGCAUUAUUGAGAGACACUUGGGAAUUCCCUAACUUAGAUUCGCCAUUGGAGUGUCUUCAGGCUACCUUGUUUUUCAAAAUCGUCGAUUUGUCUAUUGUUCUAGGGGCGGAUCCAACUAACUUGCUUCCUCCUCUUGACAUGCUGAUUGAUGAUACCUCCCUAAAUGAUCUAAAUGAUAACAAGAAUUUCCAGUCUCUUUUGAAAAUGGGCUAUGAACAUUUUCACAGGACUCAGUUGUUAUAAGUAUUAUUAAGUCGUUAAUUAAGUUAAUAUUUUCGUUACAAAUUAUUCAUGUAAAGUAGUUUUGUAUGCAUUAUUAAAUUUUUGAAAUAAAAAUA